AGCUGAGGCGCGUUCUCUUUAAAUGCGCGCGCCGCAGGGGGUGUGACGCGGGUCGUGAACGUGCGCCGUGAGGAAACCCGGAUCCUGGUCUCGCGGACCUUCAGCCACGUCACCGAUCAGCGGCGCGAGCGCACAGACCAGCGGAUACCAUCAGAGAGUUACAGACGAACAUCUGAUCUGAGAACAUCUGCAAAACUGUUUAAAUCCAGCGCUGAUUACUGAUCUAUAAGAUGAAUAUCUUCCGACUGUCUGGAGAUGUUUGUCAUCUGGUCGCCAUCAUUAUUCUGUUUCUGAAGAUCUGGAGAUCCAAAUCAUGCGCAGGUAUUUCUGGGAAGUCUCAGGUGCUGUUCGCGCUGGUCUUCACCACCAGAUAUCUGGACCUGUUCACUGCCUUCAUCUCCAUCUACAACACUGUCAUGAAGGUGGUGUAUCUGGUCUUGGCUUACGCCACUGUCAGCCUCAUCUACUUUCGCUUCAGGAACUCAUACGACUCUGAGAGCGAUUCGUUCCGUGUGGAGUUCCUGCUGGUGCCGGUGGCUGGCCUGUCGUUCCUGGAGAACUAUGCCUUUACGCCGCUGGAGAUUAUGUGGACGUUCUCCAUCUAUCUGGAGUCGGUGGCCAUCCUGCCGCAGCUGUUCAUGAUCACUAAGACAGGUGAGGCCGAGUCCAUCACCACACACUACCUGUUCUUCCUGGGUCUGUACCGCACUCUUUACCUCGGUAACUGGGUGUGGCGCUAUCACGUGGAGGGAUUCUUCGACCAGAUCGCUGUGGUGUCCGGCGUCGUCCAGACCAUCUUCUACUGUGACUUCUUCUAUCUCUACUUCACCAGAGUGCUGAGAGGAAGUGGAAAGAUGACACUGCCAAUGCCAGUGUGAGUUAUUGGAUCAGGCCCCACCCCUUCGAUAGACCACGCCCACCAGUGACAUCAUUGCCGUCUGCCACUGUAGUUCUUUUGUGUGAGCUGCAUGUGCGUCUGCGGUGUAAUCGUGCCUUACAGUGAUCAGAUCUGCUGGACGAGUCUCGUAUUUGAUGCCUUAAUGUUUCUGUUCAUAAAGAAAGUGUGUGUCUGUGUGUGUGUUUGAGUGAGUGAGUGUGUGUAACACUCCACAUUCUUCGGUUCAUAGCUUUGUUUCUCUUUUAUUCUAACAGUCUUGUUUAGUUUUUUUUUCUGUAGUUAAUUUGAUAAAUGAUUUUGUUGUUUAUCAUCACCACCUAUGCAAUGUUCUUGCAUUCUGUUAAGGGACGUUUGAUUGGGAUCUUUAUGUGUUUGAGUGCCAAUACACCAGCGAAAAUCAUGAAUGUUUGUAUAAACCACAUUUCAGUCUGAGAAUGACAUCUAACAGAUGUCUGGCAAUAUCAUAAUGAUUUUUUAAUUAGCUUAUAUGAAGAUGGACAGUUUAUCUAUCCUCGUUUUUAUAAAGUGUGUUUUAUAAAGCAUGUCAAUAAACUGUUUCUCUUUCUGCGGA